CAAUAAAAAUGCGGCCCAAAAUGUUUUUAUUGCUCCAAAAUUGAAAAAGACCUAAAGAAGCAACAGCUUGAAGUUGGAAGUGAAGAGAUCAAACAUGGGCAGCAGAAGGUCCAUCUCAAAAAUCGGUCAAGCUUACUGCUUUGAAUUUCAACGCCGUCGUUUUUCCUCAAAGCCCUCUUACCCUUCUUCCGCGAAGGCGCACCCGCAAGUGGCCAGUGACGACGAUGACGCCGCCGUGCCGACCGCCGGAAUAAGUAGGCCCCUCUCCGAAAUUCUCAAGGACUUGAACAAAAAGGUUCCCGAUUCCCUUAUCAAAUCUCGCACAGAAGCCUCUGACUUUUCUCUGAGAUACGUUCCCUGGCACAUACUGAAUCGGAUUUUGAACCUACAUGCACCAGGUGAGAAUGGUCUGGUGAGGUCCGUAGCAUCACUUAUUCUGCUGAUGCCACUUCUGUAUCCGUUGUGUAUCGUGUCACACUUUAUGGAACUGAUGCAGAGAUCUUCAGAGAAGCAACAGGCAGCGCUUCAGUUAGCGACACAAGCUAUGGGGGUCCUGUGCAAAAGGCAGAAGCAAUGGCAUUUCGUCGAGCUUGUGCUCGCCUUGGCCUGGGACUUCAUCUUUAUCAUCAAGAAUUGGAAUGAUUUGUCUAUGUUCAUCUUCACCUGGAUUACCUAUCAUGUAUGUCAACACCUACUUGCUUCUAUAUGUAAUCCACUUAGCACAUUAUCAUCAAGGCUUGUUUUGUUACAAGUUAAUUUGGCUCAUUUUGUAUGUGAAUUUAUGUGACAUGGUGAUCCGCGAGUCUUGAUUAAAUGAUAUUCUUAUAAAUGUAUAUGUAAGUUGGUGAAAAUAAAUAAAGGUAUAUGAGCAAA